AUGGCUAAAGAAAUAUUGUUGAACAUCGUCGCAUGUAUCGUCACCCCAGAAAAUCAUACAGAUUAUAUAAUCGAAGCAUUACAUUUUAAUCAUCAAAAAUCAGUUCAGCAUUUGACCAUUCCAAAAACAAUUAGGUUUAAACCUAGACAAAUUGAUGGUUUUCAUAAAGUUAUUUUAACGUUUAAUGAGUCUGAUACAUCGCCAAAGUGUUAUACAGUAUGGUAUGACCCAACAACCAAGCUAAGAAAAAAUGCACCAGCGAUAAAUGAAUGUCGGAAGUGUGCUGGUUUUGGUGUCAUAAAUGAUCAAUUUGUGUUUGCUGCAGGAGGUGUAAAUAGAUCGAGUUCUAAAUCUAUUAGUAUGCUUGAUGUAUCUUCACAAUCGCCCUCAUGGGUUCCGAUGGCCGACAUGUUAGUUAGUAGAAGGCAAUUGGGAGUUGGAGUAUUAGGUGAUUCCAUAUAUUUUGUUGGCGGAUGUCAAGGCAUCACUUCUUUACAAUGUGUAGAGGUUUUCAAUGUAAGUACCCAAAAAUGGAGAAUGGUGUCUAGUAUGACAAUUAAAAGAAAUGAUUUGGGCAUUGGUGUACUCAAUAGUCGUCUAUAUGCGGUUGGAGGUGCUUGUAAUGGUAGAAGUUUGAAUUCUGUUGAAUAUUAUGAUCCCACACUUGGCACAUGGACACCAGUUGCAGAUAUGUCUGUAUGUCGUCAAGGUGUUGGUGUAGGAGUCUUGGACGGUCUUAUGUAUGCUAUUGGUGGUCGUAGUUCAACGUAUCUUAAUAGUGUUGAGGUUUAUAGACCAAGUGAUGGAGUUUGGUCGUCUGUAGCUGAUAUGAAUUUGUGUCGAAUGAAGCCUGGAGUAGCUGUAUUAGAUGGUUUAUUAUAUGUUAUGGGCGGCGAAAUGGAACAUUCAAUUGUUGGUACUGUAGAAAUUUACGACCCCAAGACCAAUACUUGGACCAUGGAGAGAUUGUCAAGUAAUGGUCAUGGAGUACAAAUUUAUGGUGGAGUAGUUGUUGAUAGACCAUAUUAUUAUCAUUAAUCAGCUUACAGAAGUACUCAUUGUUAAUAGUGAUAUGAACAUAUUUUUGUAUAAAUUAUGAUAACACAUGUAUUGUUCUAUAUAUUUUUGUUUUUUUUUUUAUAUUUGAAGAGAAU